AUGGGUCUCAAGAGAAUUGUGGAGAACUUGGUGAAGAACUUUGAAGCAUGUGAGAAAGAAAAACAGAUUCUGAGUCUGGAGCUGGACACCAUAGGGCUGGGAGUGGCGACGCUGUGCAUCAGCCUGACUUGUCGCGUGGUGACGACCUUCUUCGUGGUGCUCGGCAGCGGCCUGAACAUCAGGGAGCGAUUCUUCGUCGUCCUCGCCUGGCUACCGAAAGCUACUGUUCAGGCUGCAGUAGGCUCAACAGCGCUGGACUACGCCGUGCGUAUUGGGGCUGGUGUACAUGAGAUCGCCCUUGCAAAGCAGGUGCUGACCAUCGCGGUGCUGGUGAUCUUAAUCACGGCGCCCAUCGGGGCCAUCGUCAUCAUGACCUCCGCCCCCAGACUCCUGCAGCGGCCCGGUCAACUUCCGACAGCUGACGCCGUGUAAAAUCUAUCUUUAGUUAUAAAGAUUCUCUUGGUAUUUCAACCUAAAUUCUUCUUUUAUUGUUGUUAACUCUAACUUGGUGUAACUUUGUGUGGCCCAGAUUCUUUCUUAUCUUUAUGAUUAACAUAAAGCUUGUGUUCCACGGUUCUUAAAUAAAUCGUGUUUUUGGUUUAUUGGUUACGUAAAAGACGUUCCGAUGCUAUUUUGAAAUGAAUUCUCAAAAUUGGUUUCUUAAAAUGUAGUAAUUUUUAAAUUAUCAGGACAUUGGCUGUUUUGUGAUCAAUUUUAGCGUGAAAUUGAUUGUUUUUGUUACGGCUCGAAUGCUUCUAUUCCGAUAUAUGGGACACCAUCACAUGAAAUUUAUCUCAGCGGCGCAGGUUCAUUUUUGAAGGAAACUUGCAAUUGAUGCAAAAUAUUAAAUUUUUAAUUAUUCUACUAAUAUUUUUGCCAGCGUACGUAUUAUAAUUAUACUAAUGCUCUAGUCUUAUUACCAAAAUUCAAUGAAUUGUCUAUUAUGAUUGAUCAAAAAUGGAUUGGAUUUUGCGAGGCAAUUGAGAAAGCGAUAUUUAUUAUUAUUCUAGUGGUAGCACCGUCAAGUCAGCACCCAUCGUUCACUCGGCGCACUAAUCCAAGAAACUCGCCGUUUACCAUGGAGAUAUGAAUUUAUUUAAACACUAAUUCUGUGGAUCUUAAAAAAUU